CAGCAAUGCAGCGAAAACGAACAGACCCAAUGACUGUCAUUGCAUUUUAUUUAAACUUGAUUUAUUUUUGUUACGAAAUUUAGUAAAUCAUUUUGCUAUUCAGUAUGGAUAUCCUUUUUUAUACUAAGUUAAAUAUAAUAUCAAUUAUCAAUUAAAUUACACUAAUAGAGUAUGUAUACUUUCUUAUUCUUCAGGUACGUUUAGAGAUACAUUUCCCGUCAUUUAAAAGACGUGGCAAGAGUCACGGUAAACAGAUAUGGCUGCAUUUUCUUUGGGCCCUCACGCGCUGUAUGCAUCAUUCUCUCUUCUUCUGGCACGUGACAAAUAACAAAGAUAGAAUGACGCUUACAGCGUAUGAGCAGCCAACGAGAAUGCAGCCAUGGUGGUGAAUAUCGAAACACUACGCCUGAAAAUGUCCCAACAACCCGGAAUCUAGUGAUAUUUGUUUAUGAUUGAAAUAUUCUAGAUUCGCGAAUCAGGAUAUCUAUCGUGUAACUUUUCUCCUAGGACGGAAACGUGAAAAGUGAAAUAUUUCAAAUUAGAAAAUUUCUACUUUUACGAGUUCACACUAGAGGAAAAAUAAGUAUAUGUUUUCUCACUUCAACUUUGCACUAGUUCAGCGGUGCAGCGAAAACGAACAGACCUCUUAUUUAUGACCACGUUAAGUGUUGACCAUGAAUCUUCUCUUUUAGCUUGAAUUCGUGAAAAGUGUAAAUUUUCGAAUUUGACAUUUCACUUUUCACGUUUCCUUCUAGUGGAAAAGUUACGUAAUCGAUACCCGGGAAGAGUCACGAUUGCAAUUUUCCUUUGACACAAAUUCAUGAAAAGUGAGAAUUUAUCUACAUGGAAAUAUUUACAAGUUUUCUUUUUUCACGGGGAAUUGACAUUAAGGGAGGAGGAAUAAGAUUCACGAUCGGACCCGCUCAAUCUCCCGCUCCGGUCCGGAUGAUUUUCUCAGAGAUCAGAAACGGAACGUCGAACAACUUUGUGUGCGUGCGCGCGCGCUUUCUGUGAAAAUCCCAGGUAAUCUCGCAUAUGGCGUAGGCGGGCUUGUUUGAGCGUGUGGAAUAGUGGGGGAGGCAGAAAGCCACCGACGCUUCCGCGAGAAUGAGCAGGGAGGAGUUGCGUGGGAAGCGGAGAGGUUACGCGUCAGUCAGUCCGAUCUCUCUUUCCGAAACGGUCGGGAAAUGUGCCGCGUUCGAUAAUAAUAACGAUCGACAGUGGUGAGUGACCCUCGCCGCUGCAUAACACCGUUCGAGAGUUGUCUUCUCUCAAUUCCCAGUACGAUUGGUCCCAGCAGUGAGAAGAGGGUUCAGUGACGUGAAGUUCCGGACGCUGGAGUUUUUCCGUGUGUAAAAAUGACCGAGGUAUUCCUGUUGUUGUUGCUCGCAGGAAGCUACGUGCUAGCCAACCCGGAACCCUCGGAAGAGCUGUUCAGUCGCUUACAGCCGAGAACGCGCAAAGAAGACAAAUGUUACGACGAGAAUGGCAAACCUCAGAGAUGUAUACCACCAUUUGAGAAUGCAGCGUUCAACGUGCUGAUGGAGGCAACCAACACAUGCGGCGAGGAUCAUCCGACGGAAUUUUGCAAGCAAACAGGCGUGCAAAAGAAAUCGUGCGAGAUGUGUCAACGAGGUGACCACUCAGCCAUCUAUCUCACCGACCACGAUAACAAUGACAAUGCCACAUGGUGGCAGUCCAGCACCAUGUACGAGGGCAUUGAGUAUCCCAAUCAAGUUAAUCUCACUUUGCAUUUGGGCAAAACAUUCGAUAUAACGUACGUGAGAGUACUGUUCGAAUCCCCACGGCCAGAGAGUUGGGGCAUUUACAAACGGAAGAACGAGAAGUCGCCGUGGGAGCCGUAUCAGUUUUACUCGGCUUCGUGCAGAGACACGUAUGAACUACCCGAGUCGAAAGAAACUAUACGCGGUGACGAUACCCGCGUACUAUGCACGUCGGAUUUCUCCGACAUCUCACCCCUUACUAAGGGUACCGUCGCCUUUUCUACCUUGGAAGGCCGACCUUCCGCCUACUAUUUUGACACCAAUCCCGAGCUUCAGGAAUGGGUACAAGCGACGGAUUUGAGAAUCACUCUGGAUAGACUGAACACAUUUGGUGACGAAGUUUUCGGCGACUUGCACGUGUUGAAGUCUUAUUACUACGCCAUCGCUGAUGUAGCAGUUGGCGCAAGAUGCGCCUGCAACGGCCACGCUGGAGAAUGCGUUAACAGUACCAGUGUGGACGGCAGAACUCGUCGAGUGUGCCGGUGCGAACAUAACACCGCCGGUCCAGAUUGCAACGAGUGUCUGCCCUUUUAUAAUGAUGCGCCAUGGGGUCGAGCUACUACCGCGGAUGCACAUGAAUGCAAACCUUGCAAUUGCAACGGCUAUUCGGAUAGGUGUUAUUUUGACAAAGAAUUAUAUAAGCUGACGGGUCACGGAGGUCACUGCUUGGACUGUCAGGCGAAUCGCGAUGGCGCUAACUGCGAACGAUGCCGUGAAAAUUAUUAUCAACGUCUCGAGGAUAAUUUCUGCAUCGCCUGCAACUGUAACGAAAUCGGUUCCAGAAGUCUGCAGUGUAAUAGCGAAGGCAAGUGCCAAUGCAAGCCGGGUGUGACAGGUGAUAAGUGUGAUCGUUGUGAGUCAAAUUUUUACAACUUUGGCUCGUUGGGUUGUACCUCGUGUGAGUGCAGCCCCGCGGGAUCGAAGGGAAAUAGUCCCAACUGCGACGCGGUCACGGGAGUCUGCGACUGCAAAGAGAACGUCGAAGGGAAACGCUGCAGAGAAUGUCGUCCAGGCUUCUUUAACUUGGCGAUGGAGAACGAAUUCGGCUGCACGCCAUGCUUCUGCUAUGGUCAUUCCGCCGUUUGUCGAUCAGCUACUGGUUACUCUAAGCUCGUCAUCGAGAGCAUGUUUGUCAGAGGAAACGAACGCUGGUCUGCCAUGGUGGCCGGCAAUCAGAUCCCGGUAAAGUACGAUGCAGGAACGCAAACUAUUUAUGUGACCGCACCAGGCCGUGACAACGUUUAUUUCGUCGCGCCUGAGAAAUUUCUGAGGGAUCAACGAGCAUCGUACAAUCAAGAUCUGUCCUUUUCACUGAGGGUAGGCGAGCCUGGCGCAGCAGCCACGGCGCGGGACGUGAUUCUCGAAGGCGCGAACGGCGGUCAAAUUACGCAGGCUAUCUUUGGACAGAAUAAUCGACAACCGAUCGUCAAACGUCAGGAAUACCGAUUCAAAUUACACGAACAUGCGAACUACAGUUGGCAACCUCGGCUUUCUUCUCGAGCCUUUAUGUCGAUCCUGUCGAACCUGACGGCUAUCAAAAUUCGUGGCACAUACACGAAUCAAGGCCGAGGCUUUCUGGACGACGUAAAGUUAGAAACAGCGCAUCGUGGCGCCGCUGGCGAGCCUAUCGAUUGGGUGGAGCAUUGUCAAUGUCCUCACGGCUACGUUGGCCAGUUUUGCGAGUCCUGCGCGCCAGGAUUUCAUCAUGACCCACCUAACGGCGGCCCAUUUGCUCUCUGUGUACCCUGCAAUUGCAACGGCCACGCUGACAUCUGCGAAGCUGAGACGGGACAGUGUAUCUGCCAACACAACACGUCCGGCGACAAUUGUGAGCUGUGCGCCCGCGGCUUUUACGGACAUCCGUUGAGAGGAAUGCAAGAUGAUUGCCAGCCGUGUCCUUGCCCUGAUAAUGGACCUUGCAUUCUUUUAGGAAGCAAUCCCGAUCCCAUUUGCUCCGAAUGCCCUAUCGGCAGGACAGGGCCCAGAUGCGAAACAUGUUCAGAUGGUUACCACGGAAAUCCUGAGGGAGGCCUGGCUUGCCGUCCCUGCGACUGCAACAACAAUAUUGAUUUAAACGCGGUGAGAAAUUGUAAUCACCUAACCGGAGAGUGUCUCAAAUGCGUUAACAACACAGCGGGCUUUCACUGCGACGAGUGUCUACCUGGAUAUUAUGGGGACGCAUUAUCGGAUCGGAAAGAGGACGGGUGCAAGUUGUGUCAGUGCUAUCCACCGGGCACAAUGGAACUGGACGACGGUAGAGUUAUGCCGUGCGAUCAGUUGACGGGACAUUGCACCUGCAAGCCGCACGUGAUCGGUCGUAAUUGUGAUCGAUGCGAAGAGGGCUACUACCACAUCAUGAGUGGUGAAGGUUGCGCGCCCUGCAACUGUGAUCUCGAGGGCUCAUAUAAUCGAACCUGUGACCCGAUCACCGGUCAAUGCCAGUGUAGAUUAGGCGUCACCGGACAAUACUGCGAUGCAUGCGAGCCGUAUCAAUAUGGAUUCAGCCGAGAAGGUUGCAAGCCUUGUGAUUGCGACAGCAUUGGCUCUCAGGAUUUACAAUGCGACGCCAACGGACAGUGCCCUUGCCUGUCGAAUGUGGAAGGUAGACGUUGCGAUCGUUGCAAGGAAAAUAAGCACAACCGUCAGAACGGAUGCGUGGAUUGUCCGGAUUGUUACAAUCUCGUGCAGACGGCAGUAGAUGAUCAUAGAUUACGCUUGGCUGAACUGGAGGAUACCUUGAGGAAAAUCAACAGUAGUCCCACCGUCAUCAAUGAUUCGGAUUUUGAGAAGGAAUUGAAAAACGUUCAAGAUAGAGUCAGGGCAUUAUUGAAUGUUGCCAAGAGAGGAUAUGGCAAUGAUAACAAAACGCUAGUGGAGCAGCUGGACGAGUUGAGCGAGCAGCUCAACGCGAUCGACAAAAUUUACCAGACAGUGACCGUAACGGCGAACGACGCACACGAUAUCAUCAAGGAAGGCCUUGUGAGCAUCGACGAUGCUGAGAAAGUGCUAGAUAAGACGUACGAGCAGUUGACGGAAGCGGAGGAUUAUCUGGCCACGGACGGGGCGAGUGCUCUUACAGACGCGAAAUUGCGCGCGGAACAGGUCGGCCAACAGAACCAGCAGAUGACUGAAAUCGCACAAGAGGCUCGUUUGCUCGCCGAAGUGAACACCAAUGAGGCUAAGAAGCUUCAUAUGUUGGCCGAACAAGCUCGAAACACGACACUAGAAGCUUACAAUCUCGCUAAACAAGCGAUAUCGAAGUAUUCCAAUAUUACCGAUGAGAUUAGAGGAUUGGAAAAUAAGUUGGCGCAGUUGGAGGAUCGUAUGAACGAAGUAAGAAAUCUUACUGCCAUUGCUGUCAAUAAAUCCGUAUCUGUUUCCAAGGAAGGCCUAGAUAUAUUGAUUUUCGAGCUAUCACUUCCAAAGGUCGAUAUUGAACAACUGCGGCAGCAAGUGGAAAGUGUCAGCAAUAAGGGUGUGAAGAUCAAAGAAGAGGCGCAACUUUUGUUAGAGAAAAACGAAGACCUCAUAAACGAAAUGAUCGAGAAAGUGAGGAAGAGCCAAGAGCUCCUGGAACGAGCUCAAGAUCAACAAGCGGCGACAGCCGAGCUAUUGGCCGAAUUGGAUCAAGCUAACGAGACAGCGAACGAUGCUGUUAACCGUGGCGAUCAAACGUUGAAAGAAGCUCAGGAAACCUUGAAAAAGUUGGGAGAAUUCGAUGCCGAGGUGCAACGUGAACGCGUGAAGGCGCAGGACGCUUUGAAGGAUAUACAGAAUAUCAAGGAACUGAUCGAAAACGCCAACACGCAAGCGAGAGAGGUAGAGAGAGUGCUAAACGGCUCGGAACACAACGCGGAUAAUGCGCGUGAAAUAGCACAGAACGCUCAGAACUACGCAGACAAAGCAAGCGUGAAUGCGAACGAUAUCAGAAUGGAAGCGAAUAAAACGAAGAUCGAGGCUCUGCGACUUGGUAAUGAAGCUGAGAAGCUGCACCAGAGAGUAGAUAUCACAGAUGCGAUGAUGGGACAGUACGAGAUCCAAGUGGUCAAGGAUUCUAACAUCACGAUGGAGGCAAACCAUAAAGUCGGUCAGGCGAAAAUUAAUGUAACUCAAGCCACGCAUCAAGUUGAUAAGGCCUUAUCCGAAGUAGCCGAAAUUAUCAAAGAGCUGGAAAAUCUGCCAGAAAUCGACGAUGCAGAUCUGAAUCGGCUAGAGGAGCGGUUAGUGGCCGCUGAAAAGGAGAUUAAAGCGGCCAAUUUGGAGCAGCGAAUUCGCACUCUCACGGAUGCCAAAAAUCUGCAGACACAGUGGGUAAAAAAUUUUGAGAGUGAAGUCAAUAGAUUACGAAUGGAAGUGGAGAACAUUGACGAUAUCCGCAAGGCCCUGCCUGUCGGUUGCUAUCAGCGCCUCCGCCUUGAGCCCUAAAGUGCCUUAUUCUUUUUUUACAAUUAUAUAUAUAUAUAUAUAUAUAUACAUCGUGUUUUAUACCAAAGAUUUUUUUAUAAUAUAUACACUGGGCUUUUAUCGUCAUUUUUCGAAUACUGUUUAAUCUGCAUUUAUAUUUGUUAUAACUAUUACAAAUCUUAAUACGUGUAUAAAUAUGUAUAUAGCGUCUGUACACAUCCCUAAAACUGCCAUGUUAUUGCGUCGUUUAAGAUGAUCUAAGAUCUAGGAAUUUCAAGAAACAAUCAUGUAAAUGUAGAGAAUUAUUCUUCCACCAUUUCGAGAUGAAGAAGUAUUUUUAAAUAAUAAAAAAAAUUAUUAAGCAAUUUUGUAACAAUAUAUUGUUGAAAUUUAAUUUAUAGAAAUGACAAAUAAUAGCAAAAUUUAUUUUUUCAUAAUCUCAGAAAAAGAGUACAAUCAAAUUAAUGCUGAAAAUAGUAUUUAUCGACUUUUUGAUAAUGAAGAAACAUUCUGAUAUAAUAUUAGAAUUAUAUCAAAACAUUGUAUUAUUAUAAGAUUAUUCAAAUUUACAUGUUUCUUAAAAUCAUUUUAUAAGCGUACUUAAAUAGCGUUUAAAAGUGAUUGAAGAAUAGAAGAAAACAUAUUUUCUCAUCUAUAUUAGUUGAAAAACACUGAAUAGAAUAUAUAUUUACAGCUUAGGAUUAUGUCGUAUAAUAUUUUAGAGAAUCUCAUCGCAUAGAUAAUCAGGAUUACAACUCAUAUGGAAGUGUGUCCAAGUCAUGAUAUUCUCACAUACAAGAAGUUGAGAAAGCAUUUUUAUACGAGCAUUAUACUUAGCAUUAUAUGUACAAACUCAACCGCUUCGAGACA